UUCGUUUUGUCAAUCGUCAUUCCGCAAAUUAAAUCCGUGCAGUAUUUGAAAAUUCAACCUGACCUGAUCCGAAGAAAAGCAUGGACAUUUCUGUCAUAUUCAGCAGUCAGCAUUGGAAAUGAUGAACUAAAGAAAGUGUUUGAUAAAUGCAGAAGACACACCUGUUAGUGAGAGCAUUGGACAUGGCACAUCCAAUUCAGGAAUUUGAACCCAGUGUUCUAAGACAUGUGCAUGAUGAUGAAGAGGGCAAUAAUUUUGCUAGUGAAAUUGUAUGCCACUUUAUGGAUGGAAGAUACUUUAUAAAGACCAAGUUUCAUGCAGAGUUUCUUGAAAAAUUAAAGGAUGAAAGAGCAACAAAAAAAACCUGGAUCUAUCUAAACGGACUUGAGGGUUUAGGGAAAUCAUCAUCAUCAAUUUACUAUGUUUUGAAAUGUCGGGAAAAUGGCGACCUCUCAGUUCAUUAUGUUGACUUAAAUAGAAUUGAAGAAAGAGAUGAAGAUUUGGAAUCCUUUGAAGCUUAUUCUAAGAAAUUUGGAAAUAGAGACUGCGUAAUAGUGGAUCAUCUUACCCUGUAUAAUGCCCAUUAUCUAGAAAAAGUUAAAAUAAUUGUCAAGCGGCAAGUUUCAUAUCCACAGUUCAUUCUCAUUGAAACAGGUUUCACUGCAAGUGCACAUAAGGUUAUGGAAUUUGGAAGAGAAUUUCAGCUUGAUGAAGACACUUUUCUCAACAUUUGGAAGGGAUCCUUAGAAUACAUGUUAUCGCAAAAAGACAAGGAGGACAUGAAUUAUGAGCAUAGAUUAGGCCUUUUAGAUAAAGGAAAGGAAGUUUAUGAUGAAUUUUCAAAGGAGUACAUAAUGACACCUAGAUUAUUGAACAGUGUGUUAGAAGAUAUGUAUACAAGAACAAAUGAAACAGUUGAAGAGGCAUUUGCCCAGUAUACAAAAGAAAAACAACAUAAAAUCCUAAAUUGUAAAAGUUCUGAAAACAUUGAAUAUGCCAAGUUUCAGCUCCACACUGCUGUUCUUCUCCAUUGUAUUCCAAACAAACAAGAAAUCAUCAUUAAAAGAGAAUGGGCACAGGAAUUAAAAAUAGGAAUCAACAUUUUUGAAGUUGAGCAUUACAAAAUUCAAACACCAGGUCUUCUACAAAGUAAUCUUGAAUAUGCAAGAAUGGGUUUGGAUGUUGGGGAUAUCUGUGUGAAAAUUCGACAUUUGAUUCCUACCUUAGCAAACUGUUGGCGAGAAAGGUUUCCUUAUGAUUUAGAGGGGAUGCUACAAAUUGCAAAAAAUGUUGGUUCUGAUAAAAUUUUGCCAAUUAUGUUUCAGAAUGGUGGUGCAAGAAAAGAGUUUGAAAAAUUGUUAGUUGAUACUCAAAAAGAGAUCCAAUCUGUACUUUUGCCAUUCUCCAUUGGUGGUGAAACAAUUUAUCAGGUAUCACAGUCAAAGCAAGAAUUGUUACAAACACCAUGUACUGUAGUGCCAUCUGUUGAAAAUUUCUUUGAACGAAAUGCGAAAGAGUUAUCUUCGUAUUAUCAAGAUAUACCAGAAAAUUUCAAAGGUCAUGAACGAAAUGUAGCUUUAUUUUCCCUGUUUAUAAAACAACUUUCAAAUAACUUUGAUAAGUUUUUGGUGUAUCCACUGAUACCAAAUUUCAUGGGAGUAGACUACUUUGUUUUUUACAAUGUCUCUGUUGAUCGUUGUGAAGGUUGUACAUCAUCUAAAAGGAUCAAAGUUCAGGAAAAAACAUUGUACCUUGUUCAAGUGGCAACAGGUGCUAUGCAUCGAGGUGAUACUAUUGGUCAAGCUUUGAAUGUAGUGAAACAAAUUUUUGCAAACGAAAAUGUUGUAGUUCAUGCUGUUGUUAUUGUUGCAAGUCAGAAUAAAGAGUCCUUUACAUUGACCAAGUGUGCAUUUGAAAACAUUUCUGUGAUCAACUUACAUGGAACAGAAAAACCAUUACUACAAAAUAACUGCCUCCUGUAUCAAUUUUACUUGGAACUUUUGAAGUCAUCCUAAGCUUUUGAUACAUAUUCAUGAACAGGUUCAUAAAAAAUGGUUUGUAAUCAACUCUUUGUUAAGGCAUGCCAUAUUGUGAAAGUUAUAUCAGCUUCCUGUUAAAUUACUUUAUUUUUGUCAAUAACGAACUUUCAUCAGGUUUUAGCAACUGUUACAAUGUACAAUACACCUUAUUACACUUUAAUUUAUUUGCAUUUAUAUUUGUAUUUUUAGCUUUGUUUUUGCAAUGUGUCUUUAGUCUUUUGGUUCACUUGAGCUUACAGCUUGUGACCUUUUUAUUCAUAUGUUGGCAGUAAACUAUAGAGUAUUUAUAUUUUUGAUCUUUUUUCCCAGAACCAUUGGGCUAAGUUAACUAAACCUGUAGUUAUGUAAAUUCAAUUACGGUAUAUCAUAUACGAAAUAAUAUACCGGUAUGUGUUUAGAUGCCUUUACAGUACGAGAGUAGAUUUAAAACUUAGCACAUAUAAAAGAAAAUUGGUAUGUUACUCUUGCUUUGGGUCAUAUCAUUAGUAUAUUUAGUUUUCAGUUAGGGCCUAACAAAAAAAUAUGUUUCUUUACGGUUACCCGACCUACCCUAUAUUUAAUCGCCGACCCUAAUUGUUUUUUUUUUUUCCAUCGUUAGAAAUCCGGAAGUCACACGUGGGUACGUUUAACUUUUAUAUUCAUAAUCGGUCAAGCGUUUGAAAUCGAAAUCGAAAGUAAAAAAAAAACAUGGCGUCGAUAUCACAUGUUCUCUGCAGUUCGAAGAAUGCGCACACAUUGCCGAAUAACAUGACAUUUAUCCAGGUGUUUGAUCGAUACCAUGGGGGAAAUGAAAAGGUUCCCGAUUUUAAAGUACAAGGCAAACAACAUGGAGGGGAAAAUACAUGUAGUUUUGACCACAGGAGUCGGCGAUUUUAUCAAUUUCUUGAAAAUAAAUGAGAAACAGGCAAAAUCCUACCAAUGAGCUUCGUGAGCGUAGCGAGCGAAGCGACAGGAAGGCAACAAGUUUUCUAGAUUUUCUUUAUUUCGCUAUCUAAUUGAUAUUAAACACCAGACAUCAACUCUGUGGUGUUAUCUUACCAAUUUCUUGCAUUUAUUUCCGUAAAAUUAAAUCCAUUUUUUCACAUCUCGAUCAUGGCCAUGUUUGAUGCUUGUGGUGAGCAAUAUCAUGGUUUUUUUUUUUAAAAAUAAUGGUGUCUGUUUUGUAUAAAAACUUAGCAUAUCGAGCCAUUUUCAAGGAACAUUCUGCAUAAAAUAGUAUAGUCUGUUGCACUAUUGAUACUAUUACUAGGUCAGGUGCGGAUCAAAAAUUAAUCCUCAGGGGGGGGGGGGGGGGUCUCUACUAAGCAUGUUAUUUGUUGCAACAGCAGACAAAAACUAUUUUUUGGUAUUGUCACAUUUAUUUCUAGAGCACAUUUUAUCCACCAAUUAAUGGAGGUAAAGUUUAAAUCAAUAAACCUCUAGAUUUUAUAUUUGAUUACAAGUACCUAGAUUCUGUAAAAUAGGCUAUAAUUACGAGGCAUGAUUUUUUCUGCCAAACUGAAGGAUCAAAUAAAACCACGUGGUCUAAAAUUUAAAUGACAACAACAUUCGCAGGGGUGCAUACGGCAAACAAAAGUAAGCAUGACACAAUGGCAAAACAGUUUUGUAUUAUCAGUUUAUGUGACAUUUGUAAAGUUUUGUAAAAAAAAAAAAAAUUAUAAUAAAAUAAAAAAAAAUUCCUACCUACCGACCCUAGUUUUUUUCAGCAUGUAACAGUAAACAAACAUAUUUUUUUGUUUGGCCUAGUCAGGAGGGAUUGUAUUUAUAAAGAAUUGGCUUGGCUUGUAGGCUCCUCUUUUUUUUUCUUUUUCUUUUUUGCAAAGGGGGGGGGGCUAUUUAUUAGGAGCAGCACCACAUGGUAAAAGCAUAAAAUAUUGGUCUCUAAUUAAUCUAACUUCUGUAAUAAUCUUCCAUCAUACAUUAUGCUGCAUGUUUUGAAUGUAGGUACAUUUUGGUUGAGAGAUUUUUAGAGAAUCUAUUUUUUCCUCAUAGAGAUGAUUAUUUAUUUAUAAUUUUUUUUUUUAAUUUAAAACUUCAUAUCAUUUUAUCAUCAAUGUUUUGCAUGUAAGAUCAAAAUGAGUACAAGAGGGUUAAAUGUGUCAGGUGUGUUCAUCGUGCACAUGUAUAAAAUACUCUGAUUCUCUAAAAAAAAAAAAUCCAAUUGAUCUCCUCAUAUGCUUAUGAAAUAAUGCAUUUUUUAAAAAUACUAUUUCAUGUUGCUAGGAUACUCCACUUAGCAGUACUCUAGCUGUUUUUUAUUUUCAUGUUAAACUGUAUAUAUAUACUUUUGCUUGAAUAAAUCUGUCACUAGAUGAA